UCUUCCUCCUCCUCCAGGGAAGACAGUCAUGUCUGAUCCUCCUCCUCCACCACACCCGCCAAGCUGACUCUGAUUUCCCUUCCACCUUCUAAUGGGAGGAGAGAAUCAUUGGCCAUCAAGGCCUCGACCUAUCUCCUCCCUCACCACCUUUCUUUCCCUUCCCCUCUUUCUCCAUCUCCUCUUCUUUUUCUCCAACCUUGUCAACUUUUCCUCUGCAAAGGGUAUCAAUAAACCUCCUCCCUCUUCUCUCCCUCUCCCUCCUUCCCUAUCUCCUUCUCCUUCUCCUUCUCCUUCUCCUUCUCCUGCCCCGUUCUUCCGACCUCACGAUAACUAUCUCAUCGACUGCGGCUCCCCCCAACACACCAAACUUCCUGAUGGAAGAACCUUCAAAUCUGAUGCUGAAUCAGUUUCUUUCUUACAAACCGCUGAAGAUGUCCAGUGUGCGGUUGAUUCCAUUUCCCCCAAUAUCUCAUCUCUGUCUCCUCCAUCUGCGUUUUCUUUGUACCGAACUGCCAGGAUCUUCCCUGUUGAAUCUAUCUACUCUUUUUACGUUUCGAAACCAGGCUACCACUGGGUUCGUCUCUACUUUUAUCCUCUCCCUCACCCUCUUUACAAUCUAACCUCCGCUGUUUUUAGUGUCUUCACUGAUCACGUUGUCCUCCUUCGUGACUUCUCGGUUAAUGACACUAGUUCUGUUGUUUUCAAGGAAUAUCUCAUCUCUGCUACCGGCAGAUUCUCCCUCUUUUUCGACCCCACAAAGGGCUCCUACGCCUUCGUCAAUGCUAUUGAGGUAGUCAGUGCUCCUGAAACUCUCAUCUCUGAAUCAGCAUCUCUGGUUCCUCAAAGCAAUAUCAAUGGCUUGAACAGAACUGCUCUUCAAGUGUAUUACAGGUUAAACGUUGGAGGCCAAUUAAUCAGCCCUAAAAAUGAUACGUUAACCAGGACGUGGUUUCCUGAUGAGGAAAUUAAUGUUUUUCUACAAGGAGCUCUCAAUGCGAGUGUCUCACCCACCACCAUCAAAUAUCCGUCUGCCAAAGGAGGAGCUACUCCUGUCAUUGCUCCUAGUUUGGUUUAUGCAACAGCGGAACAGAUGAUGGAAGCUCAAGUCAUGAACCCCAAUUUCAAUCUUACGUGGAUUAUGAGUGUUGAUCCUGGUUAUGAUUAUUUGAUCAGAUUGCAUUUCUGUGACAUUGUCAGUAAAAGCCUUAACGAUUUGGUGUUCAACGUGUAUAUCAAUGGCUUGGCGGGGAUGCUACCUCUUGAUCUCUCAAAGCUCACCAGUGAACUUUCCACUGCGUAUUAUGCAGAUUUUGUGCUGAAUUCAUCUGCCAUUACAAACGGUUCUAUCAUGGUUCAGGUUGGUCCUGCUCCGAAUGGUCCAGCAGGGAAGGCUAAUGCGAUUCUCAACGGAUUGGAGGUGAUGAAGAUGAACAACAUAGCAGGGAGUCUAGAUGGUCUUCUUGACAUCCAUGGGGAGUACCACGGGCCUGGAGAAGUAUCAAGAAAAAUGAGGCUAGUUGCGUGGAUUGGACUGGGAAUGGGGAUGAUGGCAUUGUUGGGUCUUCUUCUGGUUUUUGUUAGGUGGCAUAGGAGGCCUAAAGAUUGGCAGAAGCAAAAUAGCUUCUCCUCAUGGCUCCUCCCUCUUCAUUCUACUCGUACUAGCUUCUUGUACAGCCUUAGCAGCUCUCGCAGGUCAGGCAUUUUUAGCUCAAGGAAAAGCAAGAGCUACUCUAGCGUCUUCUGCAAUCAGGGUUUUGGUAGAUUCUUCACUUUCCACGAAUUGCAAACCGCCACACAGAAUUUUAAUGAGAAGGAAGUGAUUGGUGUUGGUGGGUUUGGCAAAGUUUAUCUUGGAACUUUAGAGGACGGAAAGAAGGUUGCCAUCAAGAGAGGCAGCGCAGGUUCGGAGCAAGGCAUCAAUGAAUUCCAGACAGAGAUUCAGAUGCUGUCUAAACUCAGACAUAGACAUUUAGUAUCACUUAUUGGCUUCUGUGAUGAGCGCCAAGAAAUGAUUCUUGUUUACGAGUACAUGGCAAACGGUCCUCUCCGUGAUCAUCUAUAUGGAACCGACACGAAAAAGCCUACUUUGUCAUGGAAACAAAGACUUGAAAUUUGCAUAGGAGCAGCUCGCGGGCUUCAUUAUCUCCACACGGGUGCUGCACAAGGGAUCAUUCACCGUGAUGUGAAGACUACAAACAUCCUUCUUGACGAGAAUCUUGUUGCGAAAAUGUCUGAUUUUGGGUUAUCAAAAGCAGCAGCCAUUGAUCAAGGGCAUGUAAGCACAGCUGUGAAAGGUAGCUUUGGGUACUUAGACCCAGAAUACUUCAGAAGACAACAGCUGACUGAGAAAUCAGAUGUUUACUCAUUUGGUGUAGUUCUUUUUGAGGUAUUAUGUGCAAGAGCUGUAAUAUUGCCAGGUUUACCCAGAGAGCAAGUUAGUUUGGCAGAGUGGGCAAUGCAGAUGCACAGAAAGGGAUCACUUGAGAAGAUAAUCGAUCCAAAAAUCUCCGAAACAAUCAGUCAUGGAUCGUUGAAGAAAUACGUGGAGGCUGCAGAGAAAUGUUUGGCGGAACAAGGUGUUGAUAGGCCAUCCAUGGGAGAUGUGUUGUGGAACUUGGAAUAUGCAUUGCAGCUUCAGGAGGUUUCAACUCAGAUUGAUCAAACAGAAGAUAAAAGUACUGUAAAUCUCAUUGCUUUCGAGGAGAAGAAGAUCGAAAAUGAGGUGUUGGACACGAGUGUUUCUUCGGUCAGGGAUGAUUCUCAAGUAUCUUCUAGUCCAUUGUUCUCUCAGAUUGCCAAUUUCCAGGCAAGAUGAAAACUAAAAAAAGAAACAAGUUAGCGAUGUUCAUAGAGAAGUCCAAUGGAUUGAGUCGAAGCGAAGAAUGGGGAACUGGAGAUUCUUUAUAUACUUGAUUGUUUUUAGAUUUUGUUUUGCAGAUUCAACUUUUUUAUUUGAUUUUUUUAUAAAAAAUUUUCCUUAAUUUUUGCUCUUGGGAUUUGUUUUUUGUU